UUAUACAAGUUGGCAGUCUCAUAUAUUAUGGCGUCUGUAUUUUAAAUUACGAGAACAGUAAUAUUUAUCUAACAAAACAAAAUGAAUAAUAAGAAAGCAAGAAGUUCGCUUAAGAAAGUCUCGAAACUGCCAGAUGAAGAGGUUGAUCAUGUACGGACAAAGCGUCGCAUCAGUUUCAGCGGCAAAAAGUUUAUACGGGAAUUCGAUACAACAGAGAAAGCUCGAGACUAUGACAACUCAUAUGAAAUAUCAGAUCACACCAAUGGAGAGGACAGUUCCGGCCACUCCCAUGGCACAGUGGCAGCGUCUGUAUUGCAAAGUACAGCACAUCUCCAAGUGGCCGAUGAGAUGGAUAAGGAAAAUGCAUCGCCCGAAGGUCUCAUUGCUGCCAUCAACAGUGCAUCAGUAUUGGAGCAAAAUUCGCGAUUCAGCGAUUUCACAUUCAAAUUGCAGUCAAGCAUCAAUGUGACGCUGCUACCGGAUGAAUUAAAUCGAAACCGGCGGCGCAAUGAAUCGCCAACCCGAUUGGAACAAACGGUCAGUGACAGUUUAUCUUUGAAUGAAAUAGAACGUGAGAAGCUGAGAGAAAAUAGUGUAUACAAAAUGACAGUUUUUGAAAAAACUGUGGAUCUUAUGCCAGAAGCAUUAGCUUAUGCUGGGUUGGAGUCAAAUCACACCGAGAAAGUCAACAUGCAAAAAACUACGAUAAUGUCUACAGACAUGAGUGUUUUGCCUGAAAAGCAAACUGAAGUGAAGCAAAAGACAAUGGUAUUUGAGAACAAAGAUAUAACGUGUGACUUUAGUGAUAUUGAGCCAAAAGGAAUGAUUGAAGAUGUGCCGAAGGGAACUCAAGAGAAUUUUUCUAUGGAUAUGGCGGAACAAGAUUAUAUUAACUAUUUGGCAGAUGAUUCAACGUUAUCGUCGCCCUUAAUUCCAUUGGAUGUCAUUUCAGAGAACGGCAUUAGCAAGAAACUGAACUUUCGGCAAUUGAACGAUGCAUUGAAUUCUGGCCGCAUACAGCUAUUCCCCAAUGGUCCAAGAACUCCAACAACAGAUCGCAAAGGCAAUCAGCGUUUCUGGCAUGGAUUGGAACAGCAACACACGGACGAGGAAGUUCCGAAUAGAGAAAUGAUAAAGCCUCGCGGUACACUCAAUUUCAAUGAGAGCAUGAUGAUGUCGCCUGCCGUUCCACAAAAGUCCGAAACAAAAACAGACCAUGCAGAGCAACAUGUUAAGCCUAAGAGCUCACUCAAUGCUAAGCGCAAUUAUCGUUACUCUCAGGCAGACGAACUAAUGCUGGAUAACACAAAUUUUCUAGUUAAUGCCAAAAUGGGCGAUGAAACACACUCACGAAAUAACUCCAAGUGCUCAUCGCGGCGUGAAACUACAUACGAUAAUACUGCCAUGGAAUUGGAUGACCUAGAGAAGCAUGAGGCAGCGGUUGCAGCAGCUCUGGCAGGUGCAAAGCUUAAGCAAACAACGUACGAGCCAAUGGAACAAGACGAUUUCUUAAGCCCCUGUAAAGAUAGGAAGGACAAUUUGACGACGGCAGCUGUGGUUCAACAAUCCAAUCAAACACAUUUAAGUUCUCAGGAAGCAGUCGUAGCUCAACAUCGCACCAAGUCAAGGCCAACAUUGUACAUGGCUGAACCCAUUGAAGAGGAUGAGGCAAAGCCGAAUUCGGAGUCCUCAGCUCCUAAAACCAAAUUCAAUGUUCGCAGGAAAACUGUAUAUUUGGCAGAGGCCAUGGAUGAAGAUCUUGAAAUGCCAAAGCUGGAAUUGCAAACAAAUGCAAUCAAUAAUCGUCAGCAAACAUUACAUAUGGCUGAUUUCAUGGAGGAAGAUUCGUUCUGUUCGAAGAAAGAAAUUAAUGCUACUUCUAUGAAACCCAAUAAGCCAAGGCAAACAUUGCACAUGACUGAGCCAAUUGAAGAAGAGAGUGUAAGGCCACAAAAAGAAUCCAAAUCGCAGUCACAGACAAUGCCUGUCGUUGAAAAGGAUUCCAGCAGACGUAGGCAAUCGAUACACUUACCCGAACCUAUUGAAGAGGACUCAUUUUGCGUGCCAGCUUCUGCACCAAAGGAAGCGCAUCAGAACAAGAACAGACACACAAUGCACAUGUCCGAGCACAUUGAAACAGAUUGCGUACAGUCACGGACUGCAGCUGCUACAGAAAUUGUACAUCAGUACACGAGACGUCGACAAACAUUGGUCUUGUCUGAAUCCAUUGAAGAAGUUGCUGUUCAGCCGCAAAGAGAAGAUCAAUUACAGCCAAAAUCUAAUGCAGAGGCAUUCGAGGGCACCAGGCGAAGACAAACAUUGCAUCUGGCUGAUCCAAUCGAAGAAGAUUCCUUUUCCUCAACAUCCACUUCUGCCGAAAAACAUAGAGAAGCAUUACAGAGGAAUAAGGAAGAUAAUGUAAAACCUCAAGAAGUGAAGCCAAAGGCAGCACCUACUGAAGCUGACUCUCAACAUAAUAAACGCAGGCAAACUUUACACAUGGCUGAUCCAAUCGAAGACGAUUCAAUGUGCUCAACUUCCAAAGCCACAAGGCAGCAAAGCAAUGAACCCAAUAGACGCAGGCAGACUUUACAUCACACUGACGACAUUGAAGAAGAUCCUUUCUGCUCAGCACAGCAUAACAUUGAUGAUGGAGGCAGUCGUCGUAGACAAACAUUACUUCAGGAAAAUCCCAUUGAAGAAGAUCCAAUCUGCUCAGGAUUACAAACUGAAAAGUCAGUUAAGGCAACUAAACUGGAUCUACAAUACAAUAGACGAAGACAAACGUUACACGUGGAUGAUCCCAUAGAAGAAGACUCCUUCAGUCUAAAAUCCACAUCAGCCCAUCAGCUUAAGCAUAAUUUACAGAGAGAUGCCACAAUGAAUGAAGAGAAGUUAAAGCACGAGAGAACUGUCAAAGGACAAUCUGCAGCCAACUUGCAAUGCGCCCAACGUAGACAAACAUUGCACCUAGCUGAACCCAUUGAAGAAGACUCAAUCUGCUUAACUUCCGCUGCCCCUAAGCAGCCAGGGGAAAAAUGCAAUCGACGUAGGCAAACUGUACAUCACGCAGACCCCAUUGAAGAGGACCCAUUCGAAUCGACGGCUACAGCUGAUGUCCAUCAGCAUGGACAUAAAUUACGAGGAGUCGAAACGGAAAAAGAGGCACCAUCAGCUGUUGAUAGGCGUAGGAAAACCAUUGUACAGGCUGAUCCCAUUGAGGAAGAUUCCUUUAAUCUAACAUCGCUCUCUGCGAAUCUGCAUAAGCAGAGUUUACAAAGAGAUGCUCCAACUGAGGAAGGUACAUUGGAAGCUAAGAAAGAAAUGAAACAAAGUGUUAGCUUGAAAUGCAAUAACCGUAGACAAACAACUCACCUGGCUGAUCCCAUUGAAGAGGAUUCCUUCAAUAUAGCACCACCCUCUGGCAGUCUACAUGAUCAUAAUUUACAGAGAGAUGCGUCAAGCAAGCAAAUUGCUCCUAAGGUUGACCUGAAAUCCAAUAACCGUAGACAAACAACUCACCUGGUUGAUCCCAUUGAAGAAGACUCAUUCUGCUCCACAUCCAACAUUGUCAAUCAGCAGCAAAGGAAUGAGGCAGUUGAGAAGGUUAUUUCAAAGGAGAAGGAAGUAAAGCAAGCCCAUCGGCCUAGGCAAACGUUGCAUGUGGUUGAUCCCAUGGAGGAAGACUCUUUCUGUUCAAAGUCAACCAUUGGGUCCAAAGGCAAUCACUUCAGCAAAUAUAGGGCAACAAUGCUGACCACAGAAGCCAUCGAUGUCGAUCAGAAUGUGUCUCCCACACAUACUGUUGCCCCAGCUAAAAAAGGAAGCAUCAAACAUAGACAAACUCUAGUCAUGUCGGAGUCCAUUCUGGAGGAUAAAGUAAAUGCAAAGAAAGACAACAACGCCAAGCAGCUGCCCAGCCAGACGUUAGAUCUAAGUGAAGCCCUUGACGAAUUCAAAUCAUCAAAGGCGGCUGCCCAGAGCCAGCCGUGGGGAAGCAAAUCUAGGAAGACACAAUACCAGGAGGAAGCCAUGGAUGUGGAGCUGUCGAAUGUGGAGUUCCCUGAGCAGCGCUCCAGCAGACCCAAGCCCAAACUGAGGGAAGCUUUACUGAAGAACGAUCUGCUACGCAAAACUCUGGAUAAAGAAAACGUUUUCAUCAGCUCCAGUUUCGAAACGCCUGAAAUGAAGAAGAAGCGUCAGAUGUUUGCCCUCACACCGGGUCGAUCGAUGAUUGAAUUUGAAGACUUGGAGGAGGAUUGCAAGAUCAAGACUCCAGCUGGAAAAACUGCUUGCCGAUCCAUAUACCAAGCGAUGGACAUGGAGCUCGACAUGGACACAUCCAACUACGGCACGCCCGAGAGGAAACCUUCGUUCAAUGUGAAACGCCUGCCAAUACAUUUGACACCCAAUUUGCCGGAACCGAAGAAGCGCAACCUGCAUCUGCAUCUUGACAUGGAGGAGGAGAAUAUCUCGCAGCCUGAACUGGAAACAUCAGAGGUGGAGGCAUUGGAACAUCCAAGGAAUAAGUCACGCAUUCCUGUCUUGUGCAAGAGCUUGAACUCGCCUUGGCGUGAAACGGAGCAGCUGGACGGCACCGUGCAGAUGGUUAGAGCACAAAUGAUGCGGCAAACGGGUAGCCAAGGAAUGACAAUUCCACACUUUACUGAGCACAAAAUGAACAAGGAAACAACUGUGUAUGAAGAUAAUCCCAUUACCAUAUCUGAUGUCUCGAACCAUUUCAAGUCACAGCGAGAGCUGGCCAAGAGCUUAGCUGAGCAGCGCCAGCAAGCCAAGGAGACGUCCAUUGAGAGUCGCAGCUCGAAUGAGCACAGCAAUAAGAGCUAUGCCACGGCCCAUAAGAAGUUCAUAAACCUAAGUGGCGAUACCAUAAUCUUUAACAAUAUGGAUGAUCUUAGCGAUAAGUCGGACAAUUGUGAAAUCGACAAGACACGACUCAGUCUGGUGUCGACCUUGCUGGACGAGGCGGACGACGAACAUAUCCGAGCAGCUAACAGCAGCCACAUUGACUUGGUGAACAACGAGACAUGCCUUGGGCAGCUCGACCCGCCAGUCGUGGCUGGAGCUGAGGAUGCGUGCAAGAAGUGCAAGCAUUGCCGGCGUUCAAUGGACAGAACGAGGACGCGUAGAAGUGCUGAAGAGACAUUUGAGCUGCCGGCCUGGCCGGACCUGGGCGUACAACUUGAGCGUCUAAAGCGUCUGCGACAAAAGCCACGCAUAUCGGACGUGCACAAAUAUUGGGAGCUCAAGAAACUGGAAAAUAAUUUCGAUAAUGACGAAGACGAGGAGACGGAAACGGACUGCGAUUCACGUAACACAAGUCGCUUGAACUUGCCGCAAAUGCAGGAGAUGUUCAACAGCAAGUGGGAGGAAUACGUACAAAGCUUACCCAAGCCCAAGCCAGCGGAAACGUUUGCAAAGUGCCUAAAAACCUCAUUGCAUGCUGAGCUGCCUAACUGGAUUUUUGAUUCAAAUCUGCAAAUCUAUCGUACCUAUAUAUUCUCCCAUCGUAAAAUAACCACAUUUAAAAUCUAUAUGAAUUAUGAGCCGUUGGACUUGUUGGAAACCAAAAUACGCGUAGGCAAAAUUCAACUAGAGUCAAAAUACGCACCCCCCUCACCUUUAAAGACUGCGUUUGCUGAGCUGUUGGAUUUUCAACUUAAACUUAAUCUGCCUCUGAAUCUGGAUCGGCUGUUGGACGGCAAUGAUGUGGCAGAUCUUGUCAAAUUUCUAAAACACAUCGAUGGAGUUUGUUUGAAGAUCACUAACAUAUGCAGGAAAAUGCUCUUAACCAUAAUCACGGCUAAUGCGCGCCUAAUCAGUGAUUCCAAUCGGAUUAUUGUGAGAAAAACUGUGCGCAGAUCAGUAAAGAAAGAGGAUGAGGCGUAUGCUCGCACAGAGAGAAUCCAUUUUAGCAUUCAAAUUGGUAAUGUCCAGGAGAUCUCAUUUGAGGAUAUUUUGCAGCCGCCGCUGCAUCAAUUCGAUGAGAAGAUUCGAUUUUUGCCAAAGGGCACAGAGUUUUUGGAAGCCUUCUUGCAGAGCCCCGAACAAUAUUUAAAACACAACGGCGACUACAAUAAGUAAUGUUCCAGAGCGGAUGUUUCGAUGAGCCAGCAAUAUAACCAAAAUAUCUUAUAUAUAUUAUCGUCAAGAUAAAUGUACAAUUUUAUA